AUCAGCACUGUCAUCUCAAAUCCCACAUUUGGCUUGCUCUGUUUACUGCAUGACGCUGAAAGAUCUGCCAGCCAUGGUUCGCCUUUGGUGGAAUAGUUGUGAGAAACGAGUCUUCAGCAUAGUAGAUAAAUUUACAAGCAGAUAUGUCAGCAGCAUACUUUCCUCGCAAGAGAUAGCUUCUGUGCAGACCAGUACACAGUUGUUUAAUGGCAUGAUGGUGAAAGCCCGAUCUGCUACUCGAGAAGUCAUUGCUACCUACUCUGUUGACGAUAUAUUCAUUGAACUGAUCAUACAGCUUCCCCCAAAUUACCCUCUGGGCUCCAUAGUUGUUGAGAGUGGAAAGAGAGUUGGAGUAGCAGUUCAGCAGUGGCGCAAUUGGAUGUUGCAACUGAGCACAUACCUCACUCAUCAGAAUGGAAGCAUUAUGGAAGGUUUAGCGCUUUGGAAAAACAAUGUGGAUAAACGUUUUGAAGGUGUUGAAGACUGCAUGAUCUGUUUCUCGGUUAUACAUGGCUCCAACUACUCCCUCCCUAAGAAAGCAUGCAGAAUGUGCAAGAAAAAGUUCCAUUCAGCUUGUCUGUACAAAUGGUUUACAUCUAGCAACAAGUCAACCUGUCCCCUUUGUCGAGAGACCUUCUUCUGAAAGACACCUUCUCUGCUUCAGUGAAAUUCUCAAACAAAAUAAGAUGACAAUCACGUAUGGAUCUAGCUGUGUAAGAAGCCAAUUUAGUUCUAGCUUUAUCUGCAAAUAAAAAUCUUACAUUC